AUUUUAUCAAAAAUUUACUAUUUUUAUAGAAUUUAAAAAACUAAACAGAUGUGUAGUAAAGUUUUAGAGCUCUAUAGCGGAAUUGGCGGGGUUCAUUUCGCAUUUAAUAAAGCUCAAUUGAAAUAUGAAAUAGUUUUUGCAAUUGAUAUUAAUUCCAAAGCAAAUAUGACUUAUAGUGCAAAUUUUAAUCAAACAAAUAUUAAAUCAAAACUCAUUGAGACCUUUACUGUAGAUCAGCUUAAUAAGCUAGAUUUUGAUACCCUUACUUUAAGUCCCCCAUGUCAGCCUUUUACUAGAUUAGGUAAUUACAAGGAUGAUGCAGAUUUAAGGUGCAAAUCAUUGCAUUUUAUAAUAGAUAUCAUUCCACAAUUAAAAAUUAUUCCAAAAUAUAUUCUUUUAGAAAAUGUUAAAGGCUUUGAGCAAUCUAAAACCCAUCAAAAGUUAAUUUCAAUGUUGAAUUCACUUAAUUAUCAUUAUCAAGAAUAUUUAUUAUCGCCUAAACAAUUUGGUAUCCCUAAUUCUAGAUUAAGGUACUAUUUGAUAGCCAGGAAUUAUCCCUUUAAAUUUUCAAAUACAUUUGAACCUAAAGAGGACCAAGAGGGCAUUAACAAACCAUGUACUAUUUUUAAAGAAUUUCCAAAUAUGAUAUUGGAACAAUUACUUAACAAAUUUCCAGAUAACUUUAGUGGUAGUUUGAAUUAUGGAAAUGGUCUAGUCAUCUAUAAAGUUCCCAGUAGUUUGGCCUAUUAUUUAAACUUAGAUAAAUCCCAAAGAAAGUCAACAAACAAAAUAAGAGAUAAUACCUUGAAUAAUAUAUCAUUGAAUAUUGAUGAAACUUAUAAUUUGGAAGCAGAGACUUUAGCUAAAUACAUCAAUGUGAUAGACCUUGUGUAUCCAUCUGAUAAUCAUAGCUGCUGUUUUACUAAAGGCUAUGGUAGACUCUUCAAAUAUUCAGGCUCAUUUCUGAUUAUUGACAAUACAUCCCAAAAUGAUAUUAAAGAAAAUUUGAAAAAUGGUAAAGAUAAGAUGGACAUAUAUGGGGUCGAUUAUCGUAUCAGAUAUUUUAAGCCCAUGGAGAUUGCGCGAUUGAUGGGAUUUCCAUCUGAUUUUACCAUUCCCGAAGGAUUAACAAGAAGACAAAUAUACUCGCUAUUGGGGAAUAGCGUUAGCGUUGACGUUGUAGCCAUAAUGCUAUAUAUCAUGAUAAAAUUAUAAAUACUAUAUCAGAUUUAAAUGAUAAAUAUUUCUACAUAUUUCAUUCGUUGAAAAUAUUGAUUCAAAACUUCAUGAUUGUCAA